UGAACACCCUUUUCUAAGGCGCUUUCCCAAAGUUGCAAAUUGUUUUACAGCUUCAUAAAAAGUAGAUUUGAAUAAAGCAGUGUUGUGUUUAGGCAUCAGCCAUUAGUUUAACGCAUUUUAAAAGGUUAAAACAUACAAAAUUAUGGCAAAGAUGGAAAAGCAGUAGUUUCUGAUGACUGACGUCACUUGUCGUCACUUGUGUUUGUCAUUUGUUUUUGUUAAUGGUCGGCUGCUUUUUUUCUUUAUAUCGUGAGGCAAGAAAUGAUGGUCCAGUGUAUCCUAUGUGAGAGAAAGUGAUAAAGGGAACACUGAAGUGGCUUUCCUCAACAUUUAGAGGGAAUUUAACCAGGAAUUGGUGUUAUCAGCAAACUUAGCAGGCUGAAUAAAUACAGAGACCCACAUAUCCGGUAUUUAUUGUGUGCUAUGGACUACUUUAAAUCAAAAUCGUUGAAAAGAAACUGGCAGCUCAAACAUGUGGUCCAUUUCAGUGAUUCAAAUUAGCAGAUUAGGACUGGCAUGUAGCGACUAGCUGCAGCUUCCUGUGUUGGGAAAUUUGUCACUUAUGUCUAUAACGUUAAGCCAUAGCGUAUCCACUAUGGCUUGAGUACACAGUGGAUAAUUAUUAUGAAGGGGGAAACUAUCCAUAGAGCGCCAAACCAUUUUUUUUGCACUAGACUGUAAACAAGCUUUUUAAUGAUAUAAAGUUAACAUUUUUACACUGGACUGUAUGGGAACUGACUGGAUUGAAGGCUGAAGCGCCUGUAUGAUGGUGUGGCAGUGAGUGGGGAGGGCUAGACUUCUGGAAGCCAUUUGGAGUUGCUAAAUACUUUCCUAGCUCAAAAUAGUUUUUUUUUUUGGGUGGUCCAGCAUGUUCUGACCAGGCAGCACAUAAACAGGCAGGGUGGGACACAGUCAUUUCCCAUUGUUAAGCUGUUUUGCUCAAUGCUGCUGUGUUGCAGUCUUCAUUUCCUGCCUAUCAGACAGGAACAUGCAGGGUAGCCUAAAUCUCACAUUUUCUCCACUUAUAAGUGAAUGAAGAACUGUUGGUGUGGGUCAGGUAUCAGAUCCUUUUGGCAGGGUUGAAAUCCAUCUCUUUGCUUUCAGGGCAAUCACCCAUUACACCGCGUCUUGUUUCUUCGACAGAGGAUUGGAAUACAUGCAGUUGCACAUGGAUUUCCUAAUACACUCCAUACAUUUCAUUUCACUCUGAUACUACUGGUUCUGAAGAGCAGUGAUCCUCAACCUGGUGGCUCCUUGGUGAUGAUGAAAUACUGUUAUGUCUAGAUAAUCGGUCCACAGGCAGUGGGGCAGUCUGGCAGUUUAUUUUCCAGUCUACAGCCUAAAACAUCAAGAGAGAACUGAAUCAUGCACAGUGAAGACAUAAGCAGUCAGAUUUUAGCUGAAGAGGCAGUGCAGUAUUAAAUUAUAAACAAAUCAUCCAACUAACAACUAACAUUGUUUGUAUAAGUGUUAAGUUUUUAUUUAAAAGCAUCUCUGGUGGUCAGGGCCAGGAAGCUGGUAAUGAUACCACAUAUUGAGUUUGAAAAACAUUUUUAGCCUUUGCACUGCAUCACACAGUCUCCAUGUAUGAAGUGCUUUGGUUGCUCCAGUGGAGUAGGAAAUGUGCUAUAUAAAAACCAUUUACAAUUUACCUUUACUAGUCAAGGUAAGAACUGGCGAGGAGGAGCCCGUGCUGUGUAAGAUUCCAGUCUGUAGUUAAAUUGGCUGAUGCAGUCCUCUGGCUGGCUCAGUCGGACUCAUCCAAAACCCUGAGCCAAGUUUCUCACUAUGUGUGCCUCUCUUUUGUGAAUGGGCGGCAGCUCCCUCUGCAGGGGGCCUGGCUGCUGUUGCUGCAUGGGACAUCCCGUAAUGCAAGCCACUCUCAUCACAAGUUCCCAAGGGUCAGACCUCAAACCUCUGACUAUCUAAUAUUUUGGUGUCUGCUCUUUGCUGUCUAAAUUGAGCUGUAAAUUUUUUUCUCCGCCAAGUUUCCGAGGGCCCUGUAUGUAUUUCUACUUGCAACAUGAGGCCGCUGCUGUUUGGGAUUCUGCCAAUCAAGGAGAACUCUUUUGGCUCUCUAUCUAGUGUAACUGUUGCACUCUGUCUUUUAACCCUCCUCCUGAUGGUUAUCUGGGGUCAAAAGAGUAAGAGAUCCUUCUUCCACUUCCAUCUUGACUCCCAGCUGGACCACACAAAAUAUCCCCCACCUCCUGGCCCCAAACCGUGGCCCCUUGUCGGGAAUCUGCUCCAGGUCGGGGAUCAGAUUCAUCUCUCUCUAACUGGGUUGAGGCUUCAGUAUGGAGACAUCUUCAAGCUCCGCCUUGGCUCUUUGACUGUUGUCGUUCUGAGUGGGUACAACACCAUCAGGCAGGCUCUGGUUCGACACGGGGAAGCUUUUGCGGGGCGACCUAACCUUUUCAUCUUCUCUGCUAUAGCCAAUGGGACCAGCAUGACUUUCAAUGAGAACUACGGACCUGUGUGGCUGCUCCAUAAGAAGCUGUGUAAGAAUGCCCUCAGGUCUUUCUCCCAGGCUGAGCCAAGGGGUUUUGGUGCCACCUGCCUCUUAGAGGAGCACAUAUGUGCAGAGGCUGCAGGGAUGGUGCAGGUGAUUCGAGAAAAAGCUGCAAAAGAGGAAACGGAGGAUAUAGACCCAGCAACGACCUUGGUAACCUCAGUGGCAAAUGUCAUUUGUGCACUUUGUUUUGGGAAACGGUAUGACUACAGUGAUAAGGAGUUUCUCACUAUUGUUGAUGUCAACAACGAGGUCCUGAAGCUCUUUGCAGCGGGGAACCUGGCUGAUUUUUUCCCCGUGUUUCGCUACUUUCCGAGUCCAUCGCUGAGAAAGAUAGUCCAGUACGUUCGCAGGAUGAACAGAUUCAUGGAGCGGAAUAUUGAGGAACACAUUGACACCUUUGAUAAGAACCGUAUCCGGGACAUUACAGACGCUCUAAUUGCACUUUGUGAAGAAAGAGAAGAAAGCAAGAAUACUUCGAUGCUCUCUAACGACCAGAUCAUUCACACUGUCAUAGACAUCUUUGGAGCAGGAUUCGACACCAUCAUCGCUGGUUUGCAGUGGAGCCUGUUGUACCUCAUCAAGUUUCCUGACAUCCAGGAUAAAAUACACCAGGAAAUAGAUGAGCAUAUCGGCAAACUCCAGCUGCCCAGGUUUUCCAAUAAAGCCAAGAUGCCUUUCACAGAGGCCUUCAUAUAUGAAGUGUUUCGUCAUGCUUCAUAUGUCCCUUUUACCAUACCACACUGCACCACGAGAGACAUCACAUUUAAUGGGUAUUUCAUUCCCAAAGACACGUGCGUCUUCAUUAAUCAAUAUCAAGUCAACCAUGAUACUGAUCUUUGGGGCGAUCCUGAGACAUUUCGUCCACAGCGUUUCUUGAAUCCAUGUGGACUCCUGAACAAAGAGCUGACAGAGAAAGUCCAGAUCUUCGGCAUGGGAAAAAGACGCUGUCUUGGCGAUGAAUUUGCACGUUUGGAGAUGUUUGUGUUUCUUACCACGCUUCUUCAUGGGCUACGUAUUGAAAAUGUUCCAGGGCAGGAGCUGGAUCUCAGCACUGAUUUUGGUCUAACUAUGAAACCACGUCCAUACAGGAUUACCAUUUCCCAGAGAUUUUAGACCGUCUGAAAACUCAAAUGAUGAUCUUUCGGAUGUUUUGGAAUGUCACAGUGGAAAUUAAUUGUAGUUAUUACUAUUUUGUGCUCAGUUUGGCAAAUGUGGUCAAAGCACAGACACAAAGAUAAAUAUACACAAAGCGAACAUGAGGUCAUUUUACAGCAUUCAGUCCAUCUGCCUGCUACAUUAAUAUCUUAAGUGACUGGUCACAGUUUAAAACGGAGGAAUGAGGAUGAGUGUCACUGGCAGCAGGGUAAGCCACAAUGACUUCAUUAAUAGUUUUGUAAAUAGAAAUAGUAUAGACACUUUUAGCUGUUGUUAAACUUUUGUUUGUGAACAUUUGAUGAGUGCCUUCUUUGGGAAACUAUGAAGGACAGACUUCAGCUGAUAGCUCUUAAUGAACUGUUUCACCUGAAUAUUACAAGUUGAAUAACUUAAUCUUAUUGUAAAUACCUGACCUCUAUACGUCAUGUUGAGGUAAAAUAAUAUCACAUAAAAAAAGUGUGCUAUAUAAACUACAAACAUACUAACAAAUAUUCAAAUUAUCUCAAAGCACUAAUACCACUAGGUU